CCCACAGUCCCACACCCCCUGAUCAACACCGGAACUCCCGAUGUACCCCAGAGGUUCGAUAAUUAGGUAUGUAGGGAUACCAAGAAGACAACAACAACUAUGGAUAUUUAUCUACUGCCAUUUCUGCCACUGAGGACGCGCACUGCAAUUCUGAAGACAUCGACAACUAAGCAGCCGACAAUAUUCGUCAAUCUCUAUACAUCACCAAAAAAAUGCACCUCUCCCUUCAAACCCUGACUCUCCUGGGAAGCCUCAGCUUCACCCUGGCCGAAAAGAGCCUCGACUUGGAAUACAUGAAAUGUGCUUCCGCCAUCGCCCGAUCAACCGAGUUCCCCUCCUGCAAAUCAAGCUACAAACUCGACUGCUUCUGCGAGGCCCAGAAAGCGGGCCAUGGCUCUCCAGCCCGCUUACAGAUUGCCCAGGAGGCUGAGGAUGUUUGUGCAGAGAGUGGCGUCCCGAGGGAGGAAAUAUCUAGAUAUCUCUGCGACGACACCGCUGUUCCGGCUUCUCCGAGACGCGGGAGUACGCCGAUGGUUAGACUAGAGGGACAGCAAGAACUGGAACAGGAACAAGAGAAGCCUAAUCCUGGGAACUCCGAAGAUUCGGAUAAAGAACACGGAGGAUGUCACGAACAAGGAACUACAGCCUCGAAGCGCGCCAUGCAACCUGAUUCGGCAAGACUACUUAUUCCUGAAAACGACCCAGAGCCAGAUACAAAGUCCGAUGAAGGCAACUCGAAGCCCGAUGAUGAGGACAAAGACAAGGGUGAUGAUAAAGAUGGUGAAGAACGGGAGUCGGCCACCAACGACACGGAUGACACCAAUGAAGCUGUCGCCGUUGUGACAGUUACGGAGACUGUAUGCUCUUGUGAUGAGGAGGCUACUGCUACACCCGACUCUGAGCACUCACCCGAGACCGAGGCGGAGAACGAAGACGAGGCGGAGAACGAAGACGAAGCGGAGACACCGGAGCCGACGUCUGGUGCUACCCAAGGGACAGAGGGCGUUGAAUCUUCUGCAGCCGAGCCUACUGGGGCUGUUGUGUCAACUGUGCGUGCUGCAUCUUCGAAUGAUGCUGAAUCCACCCCUGCUCCUACGGGCGUGGACGGGGAGAGACAGAAUGGACCGAAGGAAAGUGAGAGUGGCCGUCCUAGUGGAGAGACGUAUGAAGGCGGUGCCAUGGUGAAUGGCGCUACGAAAGGUGCGAUUUUUGGUGCCUUAGGUGUUGUUGGUGGGGUGGUUCUGUUGUAAUGAUUUUGAUAUGAUUGAUUCCUGUUGGAAUGGGGCUUAAUUCUGUGAUGCUAAUGCUUUCAUUGUUUGUGAUCCAAUGAGUAAAGUAAAUGUCAUUGAUAUCCUGAAUUACUAGUUAUGAGACAUAUGAUUGACAUAAAAUGUCGGUGUUUGGUAUCGGGCCGAGAGUAGGGCUCUGAGGUAUGUGUUCUAGGCAUGAAUAGCCUGCUGGACGCGAGGGUACAAGCGCACCAUCUGUUGAUACAGAUCCGGGUGUUCGCUCAUCAAGACUUGGGGAUCCCACGCCAUAGCCGCAAAGAUGGUCUCAAUACCGCUGCUCAUGGGUGUCAUAAGGAUCUGGCAGAUC